UGGACAUGCUCGCCGACGUCACCACCGACGCCAUCCUAUCUGAUGAACCGCCCGUGGGCAUAGGCAGCAGCGGCAAGCUGUCGUCGUCGACGAGCUCGGACGCCUGGAUGAAGAAGCUCGACGAGCUGCGCGAUCUGCGGGACGAUGAGGACGAGGCUAGGCGGAGAGUUGAUAAAAUUUCGCGGCAGAUGGAGGCUGCGGGCGGCAUGAUGCGCGUGGGCGUCGCGGAGCAGAGCGCCGUGCUGGCGAGGGGCGAUGCCUUGGCUAGGGGGUAUCGGUAUUUGUAUUCGAGGGGGGGUGGCCGGUCGCUGAUGAUGCCUUUGCCUAUGCCUUCGGCUUCGGCUUCUCGCGGCGUGGGCGUGGGCGUGGGCGUGGAGGCGAAAGAUGCGAGUAGCAGGGCGGUGGAUUGUGCGCCGAGGAAGAGUGGCUUUUUCGAUUGGCCUGUGCCGGAUGCUUUGUCCAAGGGGAAGCAAGUUGCUGUUGAGUCGGAGGAGGAAGAGAGCAGUGGAUUCGAUUCUCCGAUGGAGUGCCGGGGAGAAUGUUGUCGUCAUCUCACCUCCUGAGAUGGUGGUUGGACUGACCCAGGGUUUUGGCUGAUGUUGGAAUAGG